CAAUUAGCACCAAUUCUUAUAACUUUAUUAAAUGAUCCAGUCGCCAAAGUUAGAACCUAUGCAGCUUCAAGUGUUGGUCAUUUAAUUUUAAAAAUUUUAAAUACCAGCAAUAACGAAUUUUUAAUUUGCAACAACAAUAACAAUAAUAGUGGCAGCAAUGAAUCAUCACCAAAAAAUGAAGAAAAACAACCAACAGAAGAAGAUAUUAAUCAACUAAAAGAUUCUACAAUCAAUAGUAUUAAAGAUUUAGGUACCGAUUUAUCAUAUUCAAAUAGACAGGUUUUCACCAAGAUAUGUGGUUUCCUUAUUGAUCAAUUAGAAACUAGUUACUUUGAAGAAAACUUCCUUCCAAUUCUUUUAAAUUUAGUAAAUGACCCAGUACCAAAUGUUAGAUUAGUAACUGCAGAAAUUCUUUCAACAAAAAUUAUUUCAAAUGAAAAUUUCAAAAAUAAUCAAAAGAUUGUUGAUUCAAUUUCAAAAUUACAAAAAGAUGAUGAUAAUGAUGUUAAAUAUUAUUCAAAAUGAAUCAGAUCAAACAAUGUCAGAAUGGGAUGAUUCAUCAUUAAAAAAAUCAAAUAAUACAAAUAAUAAAGUAGAAUCAACACCAAAAAGAAAUAGAUGGGAUGAAACCCCAAUAGCGAAGUCAACAGUUGAGGAAACACCAAAAAGAAGGUCGAGAUGGGAUGAAACACCAGUCAAUGUUAAUCAUGGAGCCCAAACACCAGUAUAUGGAAUGAACAGUGGCGGAGUUACACCUCAAUAUAAUUCAAUGAUGGCAGGUGGUGUAACACCAAAUUUAAAACUUCAACAGCAAUCAGGUGCAAAUUUAAUGAUGAUGGAUCCAGCACAAUUACAAAUUCAAAAAGAUAUAGAAGAGAGAAAUAAACCAUGGACAGAUGAGGAAUUGGAUUCACUUUUACCAUCAGAGGGUUAUGAAAUUUUACAAGCACCACCAAAUUAUGUUCCAGUUGUUCAAUCUAAAAAACUCACUGCUCAAACACCAGUAGGAGUUGCAGAUGGAAUUACUAUUAAACCUGAAGAUCAAGAGUACUUUAAAAAUAUAUUAAAAGAAGAAAAUGAAGAGGAUCUCUCACCAGAAGAAGUUAAAGAACGUAGAAUUAUGAAAUUGUUAUUGAGAAUUAAAAAUGGUACACCACCAAUGCGUAAACAAGCAUUAAGACAAUUAACAGAUAAAGCAGUUGAGUUUGGUCCUGCAGCACUUUUCAAUCAAAUAUUACCACUUUUUACAUCAACAUCAUUAGAGGAUCAAGAAAGACAUCUUUUAGUAAAGGUUAUCGAUCGUAUUCUCUAUAAAUUGGAUGAUUUGGUUCGUCCAUAUGUCAGAAAAAUUCUCUCAGUUAUAGAACCAUUUUUAAUUGAUCAAAAUUAUUAUGCUCGUAUCGAAGCAAGAGAAAUUAUUUCAAAUCUUUCAAAAGCUGCAGGCUUAGCCUAUAUGACAUCAACAAUGAGACCUGAUAUCGAUAGUCCAGAAGAAGAUAUUCGUAAUACUACCGCUAGAGCUUUUGCAGUUGUAGCUUCAGCACUCGGUGUCCCAUCGUUAUUACCAUUUUUAAAAGCCGUUUGUAAGAGUAAGAAAUCAUGGCAAGCUCGUCACACCGGUAUUAAAAUUGUUCAACAAAUUGCUAUCUUGAUGGGUUGUGCUAUUUUACCACAUCUUAAAAAUUUAGUUAGUAUUGUCGAACAUGGUCUUACCGAUGAACAGCCAAAAGUUCGUACCAUUACCGCAUUGGCUAUUUCCGCAUUAGCUGAAGCUGCCACACCAUACGGUAUCGAAUCCUUCGAUAGUGUUUUAAAACCAUUAUGGUAUGGUAUCCGUCAAUACCGUGAAAAAGGUUUAGCCGCAUUUUUAAAAGCUAUUGGUUACAUCAUUCCAUUAAUGGAAGCAUCCUAUGCUUCAUACUACACAAAAGAAGUUAUGACCAUUUUAAUUCGUGAAUUCAAGACCAAUGAGGAUGAAAUGAAAAAGAUUGUAUUAAAAGUAGUUAAACAAUGUGUAUCAACUGAAGGUGUCGAAUCAGAUUAUGUUCGUGAAGAAAUUAUACCAGAAUUUUUCAAACAAUUUUGGGUUAGAAGAAUGGCAUUGGACAAAAGAAACUAUAAAUUACUCGUCGAAACUACAGUCGAAAUUGCAAAUAAAGUUGGUGGUGGUGAAAUUAUCGAAAGAAUUGUAGAUGACCUCAAAGAUGAAUCCGAAGCAUACAGAAAAAUGGUUAUGGAAGCAAUUGAUAAAAUUGUUAGUGAAUUGGGUGCCUCUGAUAUUAAUACAGGUUUAGAAGAACGUCUUAUCGAUGGUAUCCUCUAUGCAUUCCAAGAACAAACCACCGAUGAUAAUUCAAUUAUGUUACAAGGUUUUGGUACAGUCGUAUUGGCAUUGAACACUAGAAUCAAGCCAUAUCUUCAACAAAUAGCAGGUACAAUUAAAUGGAGAUUAAAUAACAAGUCAGCCAAGGUUAGACAACAAGCUGCCGAUUUAAUUUCACGUAUUGCUCCAGUUAUGAUGAAUUGUGGUGAAGAGCAAUUACUUUCCCAUUUGGGCCAAAUCCUUUAUGAAUACCUUGGUGAAGAAUAUCCAGAAGUAUUGGGUUCAAUUUUAGGUGCAUUAAAGGCAAUUGUAAAUGUUAUUGGUAUGACCAAAAUGACACCUCCAAUCAAAGAUUUAUUACCACGUUUAACACCAAUCUUAAAGAAUCGUCACGAAAAAGUACAAGAAAAUUGUAUUGAUUUGGUUGGUCGUAUUGCUGAUCGUGGUUCAGAUUUUGUUUCUGAUCGUGAAGGUAUGCGUAUAUGCUUUGAAUUAUUGGAUAUGUUGAAAGCCCAUAAAAAAGGUAUUCGUCGUGCUGCUGUAAAUACAUUUGGUUAUAUUGCCAAGGCCAUUGGUCCACAAGAGGUAUUAACCACUCUCUUAAAUAAUCUCAAGGUUCAAGAUCGUCAAAAUCGUGUUUGUACAACUGUUGCCAUUGCUAUUGUUGCCGAAACUUGUGCUCCAUUCACCGUAUUACCAGGUCUUAUUAAUGAAUACCGUAUCCCCGAAUUAAAUGUUCAAAAUGGUGUUUUAAAAUCAUUAUCUUUCCUUUUCGAAUAUAUUGGUGAAAUGGGUAAAGAUUAUAUUUAUGCUGUCACUACAUUGCUUGAAGAUGCUCUUAUGGACAGAGAUGCUGUACAUCGUCAAACUGCUUGUUCAGCAAUCAAGCAUAUUGCAUUAGGUGUUUAUGGUUUGGGUUGUGAAGAUUCACUCACUCAUUUAUUCAACUAUGUUUGGCCCAAUGUUUUUGAAACCUCUCCUCAUGUUAUCAAUGCUUUCUUAGAGGCUGUAGAAGGUCUUCGUUUCGCAUUAGGUCCAAACAUUGUUCUUCAAUACACCCUCCAAGGUCUUUUCCAUCCAUCUCGUAAAGUUAGAAACAUUUAUUGGAAACUUUAUAAUAUGCUUUAUAUCAGCUCUCAAGACGCUUUAACUCCAUCUUACCCAAGAACCCAAGAUGAAAAUGAAAACCACUAUCAAAGAUAUGAAUUAGAUUAUGUAAUUUAAAGAAAUAAAUAUUUAAUAAUAAAUAAAAUAACAAAAAAUAAUAAAAGAUAUUUUAUUUUUUUUUUUUUUCUUUAUUU